AUGGCGGGUUACAAGCAAUACGACGAUUGCGGCCCCAAGUUUCGCCGGAUAGGGCAAGGCUUUUGUGGAUCUGUCUGGGCCGCUGAAGGUGGGACGGUAGCCAUGAAGAGAGAGGACGGGGGCCCAGGCAGAUCAAUUCGUAACGACUACAAUAUGCACAAAGUUAUUCUCGAGAAACAUUCGCAACAGAAGGAUCAAAACAGUGUGUGCGUGCCGCGGUGGCCGAGACUUGUCACGGGUGACGCCUCAUGGUGGGAAGCCAACCUUUGCAGAUUCCCUCAAGGCUACGUGGCCUGCAAUGUGCUCUGUGCGGAACGCAUCCCACCAUUACCGCAGGAGGUGAGGGACCGUCUCGUGGAUCGCUAUUGUCCUCCAGCCGCAGCCGCGACGAUCAAGAACAACGACGCAGACCGGGAUUGCCUGGUUCGGCUUUACCUUGGCCGACGAAAAUUCCAAAAUGAGGCCAGAGGGCGAACUUUCUUUUCAUUGCGGAACUAUCCCAUGCAUUUAAACCAAGCGGAAGAACUUGGAUUGAAUGUUAUGGACUACGCCCACGCCAUGGCAGAGACGCUUGCUAUGAUGCACUGGGCUGCGAAGAUAGAUGCGAAUGAUGUGGAAUUUGUUCUUGGGGGUACUCAGAGGACUGGGAUUGGAGAGUAUACGAACGAUUUUUUUGGCACUCACGGCCUAUGGGUAUUGGACUUCGACUGCUGCAGAUCGAUGACAAUGGACGAUGCAGGCAUCGAGCAAGCUGCUCGUGCCUUCCUGAAGAACGAUCCCUAUUUCCCUCGACCCGUCACCCGCAGUUCCUCGGACUCAGCUUUGUGGUCGGAGUUUCGAGGUCGAUAUCUUGAGUGCAGCCGACCUCUUCUCAGUCUACCCAGUCACCUCACUUUGCCAGAAAAGUUCCUCGCGCGGGUCGAAGGCAUUCUUGAAGAGACACUGAACAGGAGAUCAGCUUUGUCAAACACCGACACGCCUUCGAAUUGA